AACGAUAUUUGCUGUGCAAAAGAAUUAUAUUAGAAGUGACGCAAUUUUACAACGACGGUGAACGAAAAAAUGCAAUUUUAUUAAGUUUGUAAUUAUGACGUCACCUAAUAUUCUAAUUUUAUAACUUUGUUUUGCAAAAUUUUGUUUAAAGCGAGUAAAAAGUUGGCGUAUUAAAAGUUUAUAGUCUUUAUAAAGAUAUUUAUUUAUUUUCGUUUUGUAACGUUAAAGAAAAAGUUACAAAUGAACUUCAAUUUAGAUGUGCUAAUUAGAUGUUUAAAUAACUCCUUAACAAAGAUAUAGGUUUAAAAGGGGUCAAAAAAUACUUUUAACGAUGAAUGUCGGCAAACCAAAAACCGUUAAAGUUAUAGUUUAUUCAUCAAGGAACCUCAAAUCAAAAAAAGGAGAUGGUGAACCAUUAGCAUGGGCAGUAUUUGGGUUUGGUAAAGAUAAAUGUUGUACUUCUCAAGUUCGAGAUCGAAAUGCUAAAUGGAAUGAGGAGUCAACAUUCACUUUGCCUGAAAACAACAAAUUCUCUUUAAAAAUUAAUGUCAAAGACAAAGAUGAUAUUAUUGGUCAAAUUAUUAUUCCAAUUAGAGAAAUUCCUUCAGAAGAACACUUUUUAAAAUGGGUUUCACUUGGUCCUCAUAAAAAAAACAGCAACCCUCAAGGUGAAUUAUGUAUAGACUGCUGGGUUGAAGACUUUUAUGAUAUAGAUGAAUCUAUGAAUGCAAACUCUAAUUCAAAAAAUAUUAUAAAUAAAACAAUAAAUCGAUUAAAAGGCAGAAGCCCAGAUCCAAUGCGAAAAUUUCGAUCAGAGGAAGAAAAUAGACGAAUAUCAAUGACUCCUGGUUCAGUUUCAAUAAAAGGUUCAGUUUCCGUAGAAGAUAUAUCUAAUUCACGACUAAGAAAAAAAAGUGUGGUGAAAGACGCUUUAGUGUCACAAAUGUUUUUUGAUUCAAAUCAAAACAAUUCUAAUAUAGCAGACGAUCCUAAAAUUUCUAAACUUUAUAUGGAUAAAAGGUAUUCAAUGGCUGAUACAAACAACCAAUUACCAGUUAUUAAAGAGCAAUGUUACCCCCCAAAAGUAUUAAAUGUUGUCCCAAGUUCAGGGCCAUCAAAAGGAGGAACUUUAAUUCAAAUUACUGGUAAAUAUUUAGGUUUAUCUAGAGAUGAUAUUGUUAGACUAACUGUUGCUGGGUGUAAUUGUCUUUCCACGCUUGAGUAUUAUACAUCAAGAAAAAUUAUGUGCUUAACAUCUGCAUCUCAUGGUACUGGUCCAAUAUCAAUUCAAACAAAAAGCGGUGGAAUGUCUGCAUCAAAAAUGAUGUUUGAGUUUAUAGAAAAUAAUGAAGAUGAUGGGCACACUGAAUCAACAGCAAAUGGAUUAGGUUCUGGUCAAUCAUCAAAUUCUGGUUCCCCUAAAGCCGAAAGAUUAUCAGGCGAUCUAAAACUUAAACAAACUGUUGAACAACUAAAGUUUGAAAACCGAGAACUACGAGAAUAUAUUGAUAAACUGGUAGUAUAUCUAAUGGAUAAGUAUCCGGACGCGCUUGAGUCUUCGAAAAUGUAUAGAUAAUUUUACUUGUUUAGUUGACUUGGUGUAUUGUGAAAUUAGUGUUAUAAAACUUAGGAAUUAAAUUAUUGUGUAGAUUUUGGUUUUCUACUUAAAUUAAUUUGUGAAA